AUGGAGGUGCGCUUUGAGUCGACUCACAAGUCACGUGAGGCAGAGCGACAAGGGCACCGAGACGGAGAGGUGCGUGGGGCUCAAUGCGACACAGAGAUGGAGGUGCGCUUUGAGUCGACUCACAAGUCACGUGAGGCAGAGCGACAAGGGCACCGAGACGGAGAGGUGGGUGAGGCUCAAUACGACACAGAGAUGGAGGUGCGCUUUGAGUCGACUCACAAGUCACGUGAGGCAGAGCGACAAGGGCACCGAGACGGAGAGGUGCGUGAGGCUCAAUACGACACAGAGAUGGAGGUGCGCUUUGAGUCGACUCACAAGUCACGUGAGGCAGAGCGACAAGGGCACCGAGAUGGAGAGGUGGGUGGGGCUCAAUACGACACAGAGAUGGAGGUGCGCUUUGAGUCGACUCACAAGUCACGUGAGGCAGAGCGACAAGGGCACCGAGAUGGAGAGGUGGGUGGGGCUCAAUACGACACAGAGAUGGAGGUGCGCUUUGAGUCGACUCACAAGUCACGUGAGGCAGAGCGACAAGGGCACCGAGAUGGAGAGGUGGGUGAGGCUCAAUACGACACAGAGAUGGAGGUGCGCUUUGAGUCGACUCACAAGUCACGUGAGGCAGAGCGACAAGGGCACCGAGAUGGAGAGGUGUGUGAGGCUCAAUACGACACAGAGAUGGAGGUGCGCUUUGAGUCGACUCACAAGUCACGUGAGGCAGAGCGACAAGGGCACCGAGAUGGAGAGGUGGGUGGGGCUCAAUACGACACAGAGAUGGAGGUGCGCUUUGAGUCGACUCACAAGUCACGUGAGGCAGAGCGACAAGGGCACCGAGAUGGAGAGGUGGGUGGGGCUCAAUACGACACAGAGAUGGAGGUGCGCUUUGAGUCGACUCACAAGUCACGUGAGGCAGAGCGACAAGGGCACCGAGAUGGAGAGGUGGGUGAGGCUCAAUACGACACAGAGAUGGAGGUGCGCUUUGAGUCGACUCACAAGUCACGUGAGGCAGAGCGACAAGGGCACCGAGAUGGAGAGGUGGGUGGGGCUCAAUACGACACAGAGAUGGAGGUGCGCUUUGAGUCGACUCACAAGUCACGUGAGGCAGAGCGACAAGGGCACCGAGAUGGAGAGGUGGGUGGGGCUCAAUACGACACAGAGAUGGAGGUGCGCUUUGAGUCGACUCACAAGUCACGUGAGGCAGAGCGACAAGGGCACCGAGAUGGAGAGGUGCGUGAGGCUCAAUACGACACAGAGAUGGAGGUGCGCUUUGAGUCGACUCACAAGUCACGUGAGGCAGAGCGACAAGGGCACCGAGAUGGAGAGGUGGGUGGGGCUCAAUACGACACAGAGAUGGAGGUGCGCUUUGAGUCGACUCACAAGUCACGUGAGGCAGAGCGACAAGGGCACCGAGAUGGAGAGGUGGGUGGGGCUCAAUACGACACAGAGAUGGAGGUGCGCUUUGAGUCGACUCACAAGUCACGUGAGGCAGAGCGACAAGGGCACCGAGAUGGAGAGGUGUGUGAGGCUCAAUACGACACAGAGAUGGAGGUGCGCUUUGAGUCGACUCACAAGUCACGUGAGGCAGAGCGACAAGGGCACCGAGAUGGAGAGGUGUGUGAGGCUCAAUACGACACAGAGAUGGAGGUGCGCUUUGAGUCGACUCACAAGUCACGUGAGGCAGAGCGACAAGGGCACCGAGAUGGAGAGGUGGGUGGGGCUCAAUACGACACAGAGAUGGAGGUGCGCUUUGAGUCGACUCACAAGUCACGUGAGGCAGAGCGACAAGGGCACCGAGAUGGAGAGGUGGGUGGGGCUCAAUACGACACAGAGAUGGAGGUGCGCUUUGAGUCGACUCACAAGUCACGUGAGGCAGAGCGACAAGGGCACCGAGAUGGAGAGGUGGGUGGGGCUCAAUACGACACAGAGAUGGAGGUGCGCUUUGAGUCGACUCACAAGUCACGUGAGGCAGAGCGACAAGGGCACCGAGAUGGAGAGGUGCGUGGGGCUCAAUACGACACAGAGAUGGAGGUGCGCUUUGAGUCGACUCACAAGUCACGUGAGGCAGAGCGACAAGGGCACCGAGAUGGAGAGGUGCGUGGGGCUCAAUACGACACAGAGAUGGAGGUGCGCUUUGAGUCGACUCACAAGUCACGUGAGGCAGAGCGACAAGGGCACCGAGAUGGAGAGGUGCGUGGGGCUCAAUACGACACAGAGAUGGAGGUGCGCUUUGAGUCGACUCACAAGUCACGUGAGGCAGAGCGACAAGGGCACGGAGAUGGAGAGGUGCGUGGGGCUCAAUACGACACAGAGAUGGAGGUGCGCUUUGAGUCGACUCACAAGUCACGUGAGGCAGAGCGACAAGGGCACGGAGAUGGAGAGGUGCGUGGGGCUCAAUACGACACAGAGAUGGAGGUGCGCUUUGAGUCGACUCACAAGUCACGUGAGGCAGAGCGACAAGGGCACGGAGAUGGAGAGGUGCGUGGGGCUCAAUACGACACAGAGAUGGAGGUGCGCUUUGAGUCGACUCACAAGUCACAGAUGGAGGUGCGCUUUGAGUCGACUCACAAGUCGCGUGAGGCAGAGCGACAAGGGCACUGA